GGCGCUCGGCGACACGGGCUGACCCCCGAAUGCCAUUCAAUGCCAACGCCGGCGGUGAAGGCAUCGGGCUGACGCAGAUAGCCUCCUUUUCCACAAGGAGAAUCGCAGGUUCCUCAUAAAGAUAAACAUCCAUCAGCGGCUGUAAUCGCACCCACUUGCGUUCGACGUAUCCGCAGACUGAACACCAUGUUGCCCCACGAAAGGGCCAAAAGAGACAUGGCGGAAGCAAGAGUCCGCACAACCAUUGAUGUCGAGCAAGUCCGCAACUUGUUGUUUGGUGGCCAAUCGAAGUGGGAUACACACGCUCGCUUGCUGAGGGUCGUGUCUCAGGACCCGGUAUUCGACAAGUCAGAGAGACCGUUCUUGGCACGCAAGGACCGAUACAAGCGGGCGAUAAGCAUGACAAACAGGAUCUACGAGCUACGGGACAUCCAUGGUUGGUCGAUUGCUGAGACGGCAGAAGCGCUCGACCUCAUUGACGAGGAGCUACCCAUACACCUGAGUUCCGCUACGUUCGAUCCCGUCUUCAUGGAUCAGUGUGGCCCAUACCUCCGUGAGAAGUACGGCGAAUUAGUAGUAAAUCGAGGGAUCCAAGGCACAUACCUGCAAACGGAGCUCGCGCAUGGCUCUGACGUGGCCUCACUGGAAACCACAGCAACCUACAUCCCAGAAGCGAAGGAGUUCGAAGUGCAUUCGCCGACCCUGACGAGCACCAAGUGGUGGGCUGGCGCUGCUGGUCGAACAGCUACACAUGGGGUCGUACAGGCGCAGUUGAUACUUCCUGGUGGCAAGUCCAUGGGUCCACAUCUGUUUCUCGUCCAGUUGCGCUCUCUAGAUGAUCAUCGGUUGCUUCCAGGCAUCGUGAUGGGCGACAUAGGUCCAAAGGCAUUAGGAGGCUAUACAACAGUGGACAACGGUUUCGCAAGGUUUGACCAUGUGCGAAUCUCGCACGAGAACAUGCUAUCGGCGUUUUCGCAAGUCACAGAAGACGGUCGCUACGUCAAGCCGCCUCAUGCGAAACUUAGCUAUGGAGGGAUGAUGGUAGUGCGUUCUCUUCUCGUGGGCAAGGGCGCAUGGGUCAUGGCUAAAGCUGCGACCGUGUCGAUUCGGUACUGUACGGUCCGUCGACAGGGUGGCAGAAGCACAGACGGGCUCGAACGCCAGGUCAUCACUUAUCCUGGGGUGUAUUACCGACUCCUGCCUGUGUUAUCCCAUGCGUACAUUUUCAUCAUUCUCGGCCAGAGCUUGCUCGAGCAGAUGGCAGUUAUGAACAAGCAGCUCGCGACAGGAGACGCGUCGAUGGUGUCAGAGAUGCAUCUCACGUCGUGCGCGCUCAAGAUACUAGCGACUACCAUGGGCGCUCAGGACGCGGAGACAACCCGUCGGGCCAUGGGUGGACAUGGCUACAGCGAAUUCGCCGCCGUCGGGCGAUACUAUGCAAAUUUCUUACCCACCACGACCUACGAGGGUGACAACUUCGUGCUAGACCUGCAGAUAGUCCGCGGUGCGCUCAAAGCAUACAAGAGUUUGCAGUCAUCUAGCUUUUCGGUCAACGCAGUAGCGCAGCUCCCUCCGUCCUCCGCCUAUCUCCGCUUCUUGCUUCCACAGUUCACGACGAAGCUCUCCGAGCCCGACUGGACUGAUCCGACACAGGUAGUGGUCCUUCUAGAGAGACGUGCCUCUGCGAUGGUGGGGUACCGUGCGGAGACGACAGACAUCGAUGCAAGCAUGGACAACCGUGUCUCAAAGGCCACAAUAGAUGCCUAUCUGAGUGUGCGAGUUCGUGAGCUCAUUGAGAGCUUGCCGCAAAUCCUGCAGCCCCGAGAAGCAAGCGUCGUCAGCAAGCUGUAUACCUUGACACUUCUCACCUUGGUUGAAUCUGGCCUGGUGGACAUCUUAUCUUUCGAUCUGUUACCUCAGAACCCCGGCGAUGAUCCCUGUAGGGGUCUGCGCGCAACGAUCAAUGCUCUAUGCACUGAGCUCCUUCCGGAAGUCAUCGGGCUCACAGACGCCUUCGGUUUCACUGAUUGGGAGCUCGAUAGUGCGCUAGGGGUUCAUGAUGGAAGUGUCUACGAGCAAUUGUGGGCUCGUGCGCAGAAGGAACCCCUGAACGCAGAAGAGCCCGUGGACGGCUAUGAGCAAUUCGUCAAGCCGAUGUUACGUCGUGGGCAAUUGCUGUCUGGAACGCGCGGAGAAAGAUCAAAAUUGUAGUGGUUUGCUGUCUAGAGUGCAGUGCCGUGUGGCAUCUCUGCUCCAGAUAUUUGGGUCAAAUGCUAGCAUCGCCUCGAUCGCUCUGCAUAUUUUAUCUGAAUAGACGUAGCCGG